ACCGCGACCGCGAGAUUGACCACUCGACUCGGGCAGUCGGAUCAUAUGCCCCAUCCGCGAUCCUCCCUUCUCACCUAUUUCCGGUAUUUCCACAAUUUUCCCUUUAUCCCUGGUACAGAUAUUUCGCCUUGAUUGAACCUGUAAAUAGCCGAGUGCGGGUGAUAAAGUUCGGUCUACGAAAUUGCCAUUUUUAUUAGAAAAAUAUAGGAAACCGGAGAUUUCACGGGGACAUUUCGGUAAAUUGGUGGUGGAGGAUUGAUUGCGUUUUCCCGAGGUACAUCGAAAUUGUCAAAGGGGUCGAGUGCAAAUCAAUCGGAGGAACAUGGCGGUGCAUGUGUUUUUAUUUACACUUAUUCUGGCUGGGGUGAAUGAAGUGUAUUGCGCCAGCAUCAUCAGGAGGUACGACGAUGAGAGGGAGAUUGGAAUGGAUCUUUGCGACAGUGAAAUUUAUUGUCAGGGGGAACUCUUGAAGACUGUGCAACUCGCGGGAAUUUUCAACGACAGCAAAACUUUUGUUGAUCUUUAUCAGAUCAAUGAUCCCUCUGUGACUCUAGCCAACUUUGAGAAGAUGAUGGAAGCGACCAAUAGAAAACCCAACAGAGCGCAGGUAGCUCAGUUCGUUGCCCAAAACUUUGACAACACCGAUGAGGCAUUACCCUGGAUACCACCAGACUGGCAGCCAAAUCCACCGAUACUCAAGCGAAUCCAGGAUUCCAACUUUCGCAAUUGGGUGUACCAGUUGAACGGCAUCUGGAAGAAUUUAUCCAGACAAAUGUCUAGUCGGGUUCUCCAAUAUCCCGAAAGACACAGCUUCAUCCCAGUUGAGAACGGAUACAUCGUUCCCGGUGGACGAUUUCAGGAAUUCUACUACUGGGACAGUUACUGGGCCGUGGAAGGACUUCUCCUCUGUGGAAUGGAGGAAACCGUCAAGGGAAUGAUUCAGAAUCUUUUGUCGGUGGUUCAGAGAUUCGGAUUCGUCCCAAACGGGGGACGUAUCUACUACCUGAUGAGGAGCCACCCACCCCUGUUAAUUCCAAUGGUGGAGAAGUAUCUGGAGGCAACCGGUGAUAUUGGCUUUCUCGUCGACAAUUUGCUGACACUUGAGCACGAAUUCAAUUAUUUUCAGCGUGAAAAGGGUGUGGAUGUUGUUAAAAACGGAAAAACGUACAGGAUGGCGAGGUAUAUCGUCAACAGCGAGGGCCCACGCCCUGAGAGUUAUCGCGAGGAUUACCGCCUGGCGAAUCUAUUCCCAGAGAACCGGAGAAAGGAAUUCCUCGAGGAUCUCAAAGCGGGGGCUGAGAGUGGCUGGGAUUUCAGCUCCAGGUGGUUCGUAACGAGUGGAAACAAGACUGGAAAUCUCAGUGACACAUCCACUAGAAAUAUAAUACCAGUCGAUCUCAAUUCCCUGCUCGAGCGUAAUGCGCGUUUACUCGGACAAUUCAAUAAACUCCUGGGAAACGGAGUGAAAGCCAAGAAGUGGCAGGAUAUUGCGAGGACUUAUCAACGGGGGAUUGACGAGGUACUGUGGAACGAAGAGGCCGGUAUCUGGUUGGAUUACGAUGUGAAGAACAGACAACCCAGGAAGCACUUUUAUCCGACCAAUUUAACACCACUCUACACAAAAAGUUUUGACAGUUCAAAGUCUCAAGUCUACGCUAAAAGAGCUGUUGAAUAUCUCAAGUCCCAGGGAAUCGGUGACUUCAUGGGGGGUACACCAUCUUCGUUGAGUUAUACGAAUGAACAGUGGGAUGCACCCAAUGCCUGGGCACCACUUCAAUCCUUUAUCGUUCAAGGACUUUACAAUACGAAUGCUGAACCAGCACUUGGAGCUGCUAAGGAGCUCGCUUCUAGGUGGCUCAGGGCAAAUUACCUGGGAUUCCAAGAGUAUGGGGUAAUGUUCGAGAAGUAUGACUCAGGAAAUCCUGGGCAAUACGGAGGGGGUGGAGAGUACAAGGUCCAGCCUGGAUUCGCCUUCACCAAUGGGGUGGUUUUUGAAUUUUUAGACAUGUAUCCGGAUAUUAAGUCCACUGACACGACCUGCAAUGGAUGUCACAUACUCGAAAGAUAAACAAUCAAAUGCCGGGAGCGUUCAUCUGCAAUUCCUCUCUCAUUCGCUAUCUAGUCUUUAGAAUAGAAAGUGUAAUUUUCCAGAGAUCCAGAAAAUGGAUUUGACUCGCAAGAGCAAUGGGGGUGGCUUUAAAAGGGCUUAGAGCUCUUCCACCCUUGGAGAGGACAACGGGAACGGUUAAGCCUCGGUUAUACUGAAAGGCAAAGAAGAAAACAUUUGGCAAAUUUUCCUGCGAUCCAUUUGUCUGAUUAUUUCCUCUAUUCGUUCGAUCAGACUCCCUCAUUCUACACGGGGAAAAAAAUCACUGAGUAAAUAUAUGUCUUUGGUAUCCUAUUUCAUAGAAUUCAAUUUAGAUUUAUAUCAAACGUUUCGGAUUCAGCCCAAAACAUUUUUCUGUUGUGAUUGAUUUCAAUUCAUCGAUCAAUUUAUAUUAAUGAAAUUUUUUUUUCUCAGCUCUUUCCAUUGUUUUCAGAUGGAAAAUUUAUGAAAGAACCGAAAACAUUUGAGAGAUUGUAAAAUUCACUUUCUAUGAAACAUCCGAUUUUUUUUUUUUUGUAUAUAAUGAACAAAAUUAAUUAAUAAGUAAUUAACUGAUUGAGAGGAAUUCCCGGCAGUUCACGAUUUCAGAUUAUUUAUCAAUGUGCAGUUAAUGUAGGUUACGUUAUCAGUAUUCCUCGAAUUUCAUGGACUACGUCGACAGAAAUCGUAAGCCGUCUGUAUGGGGAUUGAAAUAAAUUAUUUGAGAGAA